AUACCAAUAAGUCGCCUGACAGGCCAGCCAAUCGUCAUCAAAAGGCAUUCUCAGUGGGCGUGAAUCUGGUGUUAUGGACAUUGCUCAGUAUUCAUUACCAUGGGUAAUUGACUAAUUGUCUCGUUACAGAUUGUGUAACUUGCGUGUAAAAUCAGUGAAUGGCACUGAGAGCUAAGUGACUGUACCUCGACAAUACUGUUUUGUUAGUCAGCCUCUGGAGCUCUGGCGUACUGCUGUACUACAGCCUAGAAGUAGUUCUGGCUGAUUGUGGAGCAAGGUGCUACAGGGAUGGCAGAGGAAGCAGUGUUUGAUUUGGUACAUAUGGAGGCGGUAUCCUACGUGUUUCAAGGCGACAAAAUAUCUGAGGAUGAAGCUGUUGCAAAACUGGAACACAUGGGGUUUGCUACAGGCUACAGACUUGUUGAAAGAUUGACAAGGGAAUCAGGACGCUUUAAGGAUGAGUUGGACAUCAUGAAGUAUAUUUGCAAGGACCUCUGGGUUACUGUCUACAAGAAACAGAUUGAUAACUUAAGGACAAAUCACCAAGGUGUUUAUGUUCUACAUGACAACCGAUUCAGGUUUCUGUCACGUAUGGCAGCAGGAAAGCAGUACCUUCAGUAUGCACCAAGGUAUCUGGCCUUCACAUGUGGGUUAGUUCGAGGCUGCCUUGCCAACCUGGGCAUCACGUGUGUGGUCACAGCUGAAGUGACUCAGCUUCCUGCAUGCAAGUUUCAAAUACAAGUUCAGCGGGGGUAAAUGGCACAGCUGCUUUUCCUCAUUGACCUCACGUUUUAGGGAGGAUUCCUGAAAGUAAACUUCUUAUGUUUUGUAACAUUCUGCAAAAGUUACUUGCAUAUGUAGAUAUAUUUCUUGUUUUCCUCAGUGUUAAGCAUGCAGUAGAUUAUAACUAUAUAGUAAUAUCCUACUCCAUAUUAUCACCAAAACCAAGACUAUUUAGAGGAUAUUAUCUUCCAAGUAUUAUUAGUUACUGUAUAGUGAGAUAUGGGGUAGAAUCUUGGUACUAAUGUUAAUUCUUUCCCUGAGGUAAAUUUAAUUAUUAUAGAGUAUUUAUGUUUAGUAAUUACUAAUUGGGACACAGGUAGUUAACAUUGUAUUGAUGCUAAAAGAAUACCUGCCUUACAUGUAUGCUGAGGCCCUGAAUUGUACCUUGGCUCACUGAAGAAAGUACUGGGACUGGGAGAGAAGUUGAUUUAUAAAUACAUUCUGAUAACUGAUUCUAAGAGGUGAUGCUCAAUGUGUAUGAGAAGAAUUGUUUGGGAGGUAAAUUAAACUGGGUCUUUGAAAUAUAUGACAUUUAAAUGAUUUUUGUAUGUACUUCCUUACCAGUAUUGUCCAUCAUGCAAUGUAUUUAAAUCAUAUUAAUA